UACGUACCUGUGGUCAUCAGCUGUUAUUCGACUUGUUUCCUACCUAUAAUUUUGCAUUUCAAAGCAUGUAUACAGAAGUGUAAUAAAAGGAAUUUUUGGUCUUCUGUAUAAACUGAAAACGAUAAACACAUCUGUCAUAAAUAGAUUUUGUAAUAUAUUUUAGGAUCAUAAAUGUAUCCUGCAAAAAGAUUGUUAGGAAUAGCUAGCCCGUAUAGCAAACGUUUCCUGAAUAAAUAUUUAACCUCUAAGCUAUCCAAGAAUGAGGAAAUUGAAGUUCCAAAAGCUUCAGAGAAGAAUGAGAAGACUGAGCAGGGUGAGGAGAAUGAGAAGAAUAUUGUAGUAAAUUAUUACGAUCAAAUUACUGCAAUUGGUAUAAAUCGUCCAGACAAGAAGAACUGCUUAAAUGUUGCAACUGCAGAAGAACUCUCAAAGGAGUUAGAUAAAUUUGAGAAUGACGAAAACUCUGUAGUAGGUGUACUUUAUGGUGUUGGAGGAAACUUUUGUAGUGGCUAUGAUCUCAAAGAAAUUGCACAGUACAAUGGAAAGAAUGAAGAAGUUUUACCACAGUUUAGCGUAUUGAGUAACAGAAACAGCUUAUGUAAAAAGCCAUUGAUAGCUGCCAUAAAUGGAUACGCUUUAGGUGUAGGAUUGGAACUUGCUUUAAUGUGUGACUUAAGAGUGAUAGAAGAAAGUGCUUUGUUAGGGUUUACUAAUAGACGUUUUAAUAUUCCAAUAUUAAGUGGUGGUACUGUCCGGUUACCGGCCCUCAUUGGUUAUUCAAGAGCAAUGGACCUUAUCUUAACAGGUCGAAUUCUCAGAGCAAAAGAAGCAUUUACAUGGGGUUUAGCCAAUCGAUACACAUGCGAGGGUGCAGUACUAGGUGAAGCAGUGACAGUUGCAAAAUCUUUUGUCAAAUUUUCUCAAAAGGUAUUGCUUGCUGAUCGUGCUUCUGCACAUUUUGCCACAUUUUCUGCCAAAGAAAUAGAAGAAGCUUUACAAUUUGAGAAAGACAAUGCAUCUCAUUUAGUAUUUGAAGAAGGCGUCAAAGGAGCAAAAAGGUUUGUCGACGGAAAUGUGGGCAGACAUGGACACUUUCAAAAUAUUACAAAUAUAGAUUUAGAAUUUAAAGAAUUAGAUAAAGAUCUAUUAUAAAACUUGUACAGUAAUAUGUGUUUCCUCUCAAGAAACAAAAAAUUUGUACAAAGACUUCUAUGACAAAUGUAAUAAUUGUAUGCAAGAUUUUAUUAAAUUCUUGCAAUAUGACUGAAUUGAUUUGCAAUUUUAAAGAACAAUAAUUGUAUUACUUUAUUGUACUAUUGUCUCUUUUUAUAGAAGAUUUAGAUGAAUUCUUUUUAACAGAAACACUAGAUUUUAAUAGUAUAUCGGUACAUCUCUUUGCUGCCUUUCCAGUAAGCAGUGGCACAAAAUUUGUCAUUUGACCAUUUAUAUCACCUGCAUGAAUAAAAAAUAAUACAUUACAUGGUAUUUAUAUGUGACCACAUGUACUUACGUUGAAAUGUAACUAUCAAAUAAAUUAAAUCCGCUUGAAAGACAUUGUAACCAGGUGUAUAAGGUUCAAAGUAUGAAACUUUUCUCAGUUGACAAUUAAUUUCAUCACAUAAAUCAAAUUCAGCUGUAAAUACUCAUUUAAACUUUUAUUUGUUAUUUUAAAAGUAUGUGUUGCUUACUUGUAUCUUCUAUGUCCACAACAUAUCGGAUAUAAUUCAAUAUUAAUUGAAUAGGACAGUUGAUAUUUAUUAAAAUUUCCUUUUCUGCACCAUCAAACUGUGUAUUCUUUUCAUUAACGUCCUUACUGGCAUAUUUGACUCGAAUGAUUGAUGUCAUAGUAAACUGAUUCACUGCAUUUGACAAAGACUCUCCUGUAAAAUGGAGAUCAAAUGUUUCACUUUUUCAUCAAAGAGAUGUAUGAAUUCAGUCAAGAUUGCAUUUUUUAAUUUA